CUGGGAUUCACCACGAUCAUGCUGCGCCGAGUGCUCCAGGUCAAGGCGACGCCGUUCACCGCCCGGUCCAUCUCGUCCUCGACCACGCUAUUUGCAUCCCCGCCGCCGUCCGAUGCGACGAAGCCAGCCCUUACCGGCACGAUCGACCAAUUUUUCCCUACGAGCGGCACGGUGGAUGGCAAGAAAGUCAAGCGCGGACCUCCUGUCGUGGGCGGUGACUGGAAGGCGUGGAUGUUGCGGAACAAGUCCACAGACGAUCUUCACAAACUCUGGUACGUUCUGCUCAAGGAGCGCAACGCACUGUUGACGGAACAAGCGGAAUGCCACACCAAGAACAUGGUGUUCCCGAACCCGUACCGAAAGUCCAAGGUCCGCAAAUCCAUGGCUCGUAUCAAGCUCGUGCUUCACGAACGUAGCAUCAUCCACAAGCACAACAACGCCGCCGCGCCGGCGCCUCCCGCGACCGACAACGAUAUCCAAGCAUAAACCGUCCACGACAAGAAUACCAUCCCUUGCAUCCAUUCGUCGCACCUUUGUUUCCACGUAUUAAGCCGCGCGACCUUUGUCGUCGUCGAUCUCUUUCUGCACUUUCAUCCCACAGAGACGCCCGGCAAACAGGAAUGCGCUGAACGUCGACUGCCGCGAUUCGACGAGUUCUCGCGGGGUCUUGUUGGCGCGUGUAAUGUAUCGAAACC